AUGUCGAAGAGGACCGCACAACCCUCCCUUUCAAAUCCCACCUCAAGGCACUCGCAGAAGCCAAAGGUCGCACUACGCAGGAUGCUGGCGGCUUUCUCGAUCAGUACUACGGUUAGUAGUUACAGCCACAGGAAGAAAGUCUGGCUCGCGAUCAAGAAGGCCGGCAAUUCGAGGAAGGAGGUCGACUUGUAUGCCCCACUCGUCGCCGCAAUGACCGUCAUCAUGGAGCGUUUCGAUAACUUGAAGAAGGCGACGGCGUCUGGAGAUAUUGAACGUCGCGCCGUCAAGUCGUACAACGUGGAGAUCCCGCACAACGCGAACGACGGAGCCAACGCCCAGGGCCUCCGAUCCGAGCCCGACAUCGCGAUUCUCGGCGUCGGCCCGUCAGCGACCAAAAACGUGCGAUCGUGCAGAAAUCCACGUAUUCCCAGGUGGUCAGUCCGUGGGAAGGUGGAUCCGGCGUUCCUCACCGAGCAGCAGCAGCAGCAGAUCGCGAUCGACUACCAUGAGGACGCGGUGUUCUUCGUCCAGCUCGUGUUUCUGCUCACCUCCACCGACGAGAAACUUGUGGGUUUCGACACGUCGAUCUUCUGGAGGGACGGCAAACGAUUGAGCUUUGUGCCGGAGGAGCGCAAAUGGAAACCCAACGAGCAGCGUGCGGCGAUCACGUUCGCCCUAGAGGACGAUCCGGUGUUCUCGAGGCGCACAAUCCGACCGCGGGGGACUGUGUGCUGGGUGGGCACGCACGACGGCGAAGAGUAUUUCAUCAAGGACUACUGGCGUGCCGAGGGCCGAACGAGCGAAUCGAUCUUUCUCUACGAUCUCGCUGGAAUCGAUGGCGUUGCACAGAUGUUCAUUCGGCAACGAGAUAUUAAGGCGACCCACACCGGCCGCAGUGGUGUCGCGGUGACUCUGCGGUAUGCUGGCACACUCGAGACGACGGCAUCGCUCCGGGAGUUUCUUGGUACGCGCUCGAUUGUGCGAGGACACAAGGCAGCGCUCGUGGAUAAAGGCAUUCUGCACCGAGAUAUCAGCUUUACGAAUUUGCUCUUGUCGGGACGGCCAUGGGCCCAUUCCGUGAUCAUCGACUGGGACAUGGCUGUCUAUAUCAAAGACAUGCAGUGUCGUGUUGUGACGGAAGAAGAUGCUCGCACAGUGAGUGCUUUACCGCCCCGCCAACUUUCCGCUCCUAAAUAUCCAGACCUCAAGACCAACCCCAUCAUCAGGACGGCGUGGACGAUCUCGCAUCGCUCCUUACAGGACUGCUUCCAGCAUUGGGACCAUUACAGCGCCAAUUCCGCCAUCUUCUCCAAGAUCAAAUUCGUGAUCAAGACCUACCUCUGGGCUACGAUCCUCCGAUGGCCUGGUUUCGAGGAGGAAGCAGAUGUCGUUCUGAAGGCACUGGCCCAGUUUUUCGGACGGCGUGUGUUGACUGUCGAAGUCCAAGCGGUGAAAGAGUACGACCAGAUCAUUGCCAUUCUCACUGAAAGCAUUGAAAACCUCCCCGGAUCGGUGGAGUCCACAAUUCCACCAAGUACUCCUCGUUUGGUCAAGCGAGGACGCCCAAUUGAAGACCAAGACGAAGGCAAACUGGAUGACGACUCUCCUGGCCCUCCUCAGCGAACUGCUUCUUGGCUGGUCCAGCCAUGCGAUCCGAAAAACACUGUCCCAAUCUGA